AUGAACAGACUCAGGAUAGAGGAGGAGCGAUGAGCGAGUGAGAGUCUGAGAGAAUCUGCAUGGAUGCCAACACAAAACUAAAAGAUUGGUAACCCUGCAAAAAUAUCUGCUCCAGCAGCAGUUAGUAAAAUUAGGAUUACGCAGAAGUUAAAGACGGUGAAAGAAAGUUUAGUGACACAAAGAAAAGGAGGAAUAGUGCGCUUAACAGUGUGUCAGAGUUUAAGAAAUGCUGUUCAAGGUUAUCUUUGCUGUAUAUUUGGCGCUAUGUUCCAGUUCCGGUGCUGUUACCCCGACUGAGGACCCGUUCAUGACCAGAGCUCUGCAGCUGAUGUCUGAGACCCCACUCAUUGACGGACAUAAUGACCUGCCCUGGCAGCUUCGAAAGCAAUUCAACAACGAGCUCAACAAAGUGGAUCUUUACAACCUGACAACCACACAUACCAACAUCGACAAGAUCCAACGGGGACGGCUGGGAGCACAAUUCUGGUCGGCCUACGUUCCCUGUGAUACUCAGUACAAAGACGCUGUCAGGCAAACUCUGGAGCAAAUCGAUGUAGUGCACAGGAUGUGUCAGAAAUACCCAGAGAUCUUCAUGUUUGCCACCAGUAGCCACGACAUCACAGAGGCCUUCAGGAUGAAGAAGACAGCCAGUCUGAUCGGGGUGGAGGGAGGUCACUCUCUUGACAGCAGUCUGGGCACUCUGCGAACCAUGUACCAUCUGGGGGUCCGUUACCUCACUCUCACACACUCCUGCAACACGCCCUGGGCGGAUAAUUGGCGCGUUGACACUGGAUCUGAGCCGUCUGAACACAACGGCCUGUCUCCUUUCGGCAAGCAACUGAUCGUGGAGAUGAACCGUCUGGGGAUGCUGAUCGACCUGGCUCACGUGACUGUGGCAGUGAUGAACCAGGUGCUGGACAUGUCUAAAGCUCCUGUCAUCUUCAGCCACUCCUCCGCCUACAGCGUCUGUCCACACAAGAGGAACGUUCCCGAUGAUGUACUCAGGAAAGUGAAACAAAAAGGAGGAAUUGUUAUGGUGAACUUCUACAACGACUAUGUGACCUGCAGCAAGACCGCUAAACUCUCACACGUCGCUGAUCACUUUGACCAUAUAAAGAAAGUGGCUGGGGCGGACAUCAUUGGUUUUGGUGGAGAUUAUGACGGGGUUACAAGGUUACCAGAGGGUCUGGAGGACGUGUCCAAGGUGCCCAACGUGGUGGCUGAACUGCUGAGGAGAGGAUGGACCGAUGAGGAGGUCAAAGCUGCUCUGGGAGACAACCUGCUCAGAGUCCUAAGGAACACUGAGAAGGUCCGUGACUCUCUGCAGGGCACGAGUCCAGAUGAUGUUCCUAUUCCAUAUGAUGAGGUGAAGAACCCGUGCAGGACGAGCUACGGUUACUCUAACGCCGGAGCUGUCCAUUCACUCAGCACACUGGCCCUCUUGCUCACACUGGCUCUGCAGGCUUUUAUCACAUUGAUCACAUCACAUUUAUAAGCUGCGUAUCAGUGCAACUGAUAUCAAGAAUGUGUCUAUGCAUACAAAUAAAAUCUGUUUUAAUUACCCUUUC